AUGGAGAACAAAUUCAGCGUUCGGUCUCUUGCCGCGGACUGCAAUGGUGACAGUUAUGCUCUUUCCUCGAGCUGUUCAUUCAGUGGACUCAAUCAGUGCAGAAGACCUUGUUUAUCUGCGUGUAAAGAGGACAGCUUCCAAUUGAGUAAAUCGUCGAUAAAGUUGUCUUGCAGACGUCGACGAAAACCUAAAAUACCCCGACGAAAGGACUUGAACUCCCCUGACUCACUGAUCCGACGACUGAAAGCUAACUCGCAAGAACGAAUGAGGAUGCAUCGCCUUAACACAGCAUUAGACGAGUUGAGAAAAGUCAUUCCUAGACAACUUUGUGAUCGCCGACUGUCCAAGAUAAAAACACUGCGCCUGGCAAUCAGUUACAUUUCAGCUCUUGCAGAUAUGGUGAACGGCAACGACGGCAGUUCUUCUUUUCGGGAAUGUGCACGUGUGGUGGAAGACUGGUCAGAUAAAAGCCAAGAAGAGAGCGAUGAUAGCGGCGAUUCGUGUUUGGACAUGUUCAUAGAUAUACCAAAAACAACGCGAUGA